CUACGAGUCCCUCUGCCCUGACCACUAGAUGGUAGUGUUUUACACGCACUGAUCCAAACCAAAUCCAGCAUGAGGUGGAAGUUAAUUUUUUUUUUAACCAUUCAGUAAUCUGACACCCAAAAAAAAAAGAGUCGGAGCAGAAGGAUGGACCGUGAACUCUGCUGGAAGGACGGAAGGAAAGAACAGUCACACAAACGACACGGACCGAGCGCAGGCGAGGCGCUGUGCGCAAAAACCGAGCCGCAGCGCACAGCCGGGUGUCUGCGCGUCUCCACGUAACCGCCUCAGAUUAUCUCACAGCGCCAAGUUUCACUUUCAGGGGCGGAUGGGUGACUUUCCGUGGCGCUUUGUGAGGAGGAGAUGAUGAAGAAUUUCAGCAACAGCAAUCAGCCUCAAAACCACAUCAGAGAGCGAAAUAACCGAAAAUUCAGCGUCCUGUCCGCCGUGCCGCUGCGCGUCUCACUCAGAGGUUAUGGUUUCUGCAUGGCGACGCUGUUCCUCUUCUGUUUCGGAUCCCUCAUUUACCAGCUGAACGGAGGACCGCCGAGAAUCCUGCUGGACAUCCGACAGUAUCUCGGCGAAUCGACAUAUCAGGAUGAUCACGGACCCCCUGCUGUGAGAGUGCUGCCAUUUCCCAGCCAAGUCGUUUAUAACCGCGUGGGGAAGUGCGGCAGUCGGACGGUGGUGAUUUUAUUGAGGCUACUGGCUGAAAAGCAUCAGUUCAACUUGGUUUCCUCCGACAUCCACAACAAAACCCGACUCACCAAACAUGAACAGGUGGACCUGAUGAAGAACAUCAGUAACAUCCCCCAACCCUUCCUCUAUACAAGACAUGUUCACUUCCUCAACUUUACAAGGUUCAGGAUAGAACAGCCCGUGUACAUCAAUAUCAUCCGGGACCCCAUCAACCGCUUCCUCUCCAACUACUUCUUCCGUCGUUUUGGGGACUGGAGGGGUGAGCAGAACCACCUCAUUCGUACCCCUGGAAUGAAAGACGACGAGAGAUAUCUAGACAUCAAUGUCUGCAUCCUGGAGAAUUACCCCGAGUGCUCCAACCCCAGAGUCUUCUACAUCAUUCCCUACUUCUGUGGACAGCACCCCCAGUGCAGGGAACCAGGGGUAUGGGCUCUGGAAAGAGCCAAACAAAAUGUGCAGGAGAACUACCUCCUCGUGGGAAUCCUGGAAGAGCUGGAGGAUGUUCUGCUCUUGUUGGAGAGGCUCUUACCUCAUUACUUUACUGGAGUGCUCAACAUCUACAAGAGCCCCGACUAUAAGAAGAUGGGGAACAUGACAGGAACCGUCCGCAAGCACACACCCAGUCUGGAGGCCCUGCAGGUGCUCUACCACCGCAUGCGCUACGAGUAUGAAUUCUACAACUUCAUCCGCAAUCAGUUCCAUCUCAUGAAGAAAAAAAUCGGCCUAAAGUCCGCCUCCCAGCCCCCUGCCUACUCACCAGCAUUCCUGCGAGAGCUGGCCCUACGAACCCCGGAGCCUCUGGAAGAAGAUGAGGAUCUGGACAUGGAGCUGGAGGAUGCCAAUAGCUGGUUGGUCCAUCCUUAAUGGUGGUUUGUUCCACAAACAUUCGCCAAAAGUUGACUGGCUAGAUCUCGCUGGAGGUGGCCGGAGGCAGCCUGAGGGAAAUGCAGAGCAUGACCCGUCUUUCAGCGUUCCCAAGAAAAGUGAUGGAUGAGGGAUGUGCGGAUCCUGAGGUUCUUACAGGUUCCACUGUCCAGCUGCAGGUGCCUCCUAUCACCAGAGCCACUCACGAGUGUCGGACUAAGUCAUGGAAGGGCAAAAUGCUCUGUUUAAAAACUGGAUCAUGGGACAUGAUGUUGCCUUUGAUAAGCCCAAUUUGCUUGAGUCAAAUUUAUUUGUCAUUUGAGCUUGUUAUGGCAGACAUCUGUCACUGCUGGAAUCUCCAGGUGAGAUAAGCACAAGAUGUGGACAUUUAAACCUAAUGUUGGCUGCUGGGGUAUUUGCUAUGAGUGAAGACUUCAGGAUCUAUAAGAAACACUGCCCGUGGGAGGGGGGGGGGGGGGGAAUCUACAUUAUGAGAAGGAUUAAACUCCAAAAAGGUGGAAAGCUUGAAAUAGUAUCCUGUAACCUUUAGCCUCACUGAACUACAACAGAAAAUGCAAAAACAACAACAAAAAAAGGUUUCUACACCCGAAAACAUCUUCAUUCAUGAAUAUUUAUUAUUUAUUUGAUCACACCGUCAUCCUACCAAAUCUCCAAAACAUCCUAACCUAUAUCGUUUCAGCUACUUGGCAUGAACGGCCAUAAAAGUGUUCCGGGGAAAUUCCGAGGUAAAUGACUCCAUCACUGCAGUGUUACUACUCAGUCCAUGAACGCAAAUGAGGCGUCGAUAAAGGUCAGAGCUUCCGGGUGCCCGAUAGCUCACGCCCACCGUUAUGUCUGAGUAAAUCAGUCUGUGGUCUGCGACUCCAGCGUGUCUUCCUGUGCCAUAUCCAGUGAACGGUGGCACCAGUUGAUGGUCACUAAUUCAUAGUUUCAUUUCUUGACCAAGACGUAGGAAUUCUGUCUGACUAUUUUGGGAAAUGAUCUAAUUUUGGGUGCAGGUUUUUAGAAACUAUGGCAACAGUCUUUGGAAUGGGUCUGCUGGGCUCUUACUAAAAACGGGGCCCAAAGUGUUUUUUUUGUGUGUGUGUGUGUGUGUGUGUGUGUUAUUCAUCCAGAACUGCUGUGUAAAACAGGAACCUCUGUGCACAGCAGGGGGAAUCAUGACAUGGUCAAGUCUAUUUUUAUAUUAAUUUGUAAAAUAUGAGGUAUAAAUGAGGGUCAAACUGUAAGCACUCAAUUAUGAAUUCAAAGAAUUCCACAUAUGUGUGCAUGUACGACUGAGUUUGACCAAACAGCAGUGUAUUUUAGCAGCAGAGGUGUAUUAUUUGGUACAUAUCAUUGGGUUUAAUUUUAUUGAAGAGAAUAAUAUGAGCUGGGUUUGAGAGACAACAAAUGGAGUAAAAUUCCUUGAAUCCAAAGUCUGAAAUAUAGAUCUUGCCAAAUGCCAGUCUUUCUACUGCGAUGCGUUACUAAACUGUAUGAAUAUACUGCACUUUUUUUUAAUGUGACCUUUCCUGAAGUUAUGCAGCAAAAUGAGGGAUUUGUUCACAAACUGGAUUGAAUAAGGAAUUAACCUUUGAUUUGAAAUCAGACCAAGUUUUUUUGUAACAUAGUGUGAUGGAAUGUUUGAAUUUCUCCAGCAGCUAUUCAAAGUGCAGACUGCUUGUGAGUCUUGUAAUAAACCAUCCAGAGAACAGUAACCAUAAGCUAAUACUGUAUGUGACAUUUUUCCUUCUUCCUGUUUGGUGUCCAGUGUUUCCAGUUUAAUUUAUUGUUUUGUAUUAAUCUGCAUUCCAGAUAAGAUUCUCA